CCCCCCUCCCUUCUCUCUCAGGUUCCAUUCCUUCCUGCUGUACCUAGGUCAGCCAUCCUACUCUGUUAGGGACACUAAAGUGACCCACUUCUGCAAGAUUAUCAGUGAGUUUUCUCUGGAGUACCGGACCACCAGAGAGAGGGUCCUGGCCCAGAAACACAAGCGGGCUACCCACAGGGAACGCACCAAGACCAGGGGAAAGAUGAUCACUGAGACGGAGAAGUUCUCGGGGGUGGUGUCUCCCCAGUCCCAGGACAGCCCCUCCCUUGUCUCCAGGCCUGCAGAGCCAGAGCCAGAGCCAGAUCCAGUCCAGGAGGAGCAUGAGAACAUGAAGAAUAUGCUCAACACAUCCAGCAGUACCGACCACCAGGGGAACCUGCGCCGCAACCGUGGCUACCGCAGUCUAGGCCCAGUUUGUCCAUCCCAGAUGUCUGUAGCCAAAGAGGACAGUGCCAGCUCCCAGGAUGAUGCUACGGAUGAGAUCAUGGAUCGGCUAGUCAAGUCUGUUACCAGGAACCCCACAGAGAGGCCGUCCAGCCCCAAGACACGCAAACGCUCCCGCCUCAACAGGAAGUCGUUGAGGAGGACUCUGAAGAGCGGACUGAGUGGUGACGUGGUUCAGGCUCUGGGACUCAGCAACAAGACUGGUGACAAGCUCUGAACACACAGAGACCUACACAGACUGGUGACAAGCUCUGA